AUGAUGUUCCCAAAGAGAUUCUCUACUCCUGUUUUGAAAGUAUACUGGCCAUUUUUCAUUAGUGGUGUUGGUAUCUAUGCUUUGUUUGGUAAGUUUGCUGACUUAUCAGCAAACUCCAAAGAAUUUAUUAAUGAUCCAAGAAACCCAAGAUUCGAAAAAGGUGGUAAAUACAUUGAACAAUGA